AUGUGUAGGUGCUCCUCAUGUCAAUUGAAGAAAAUUAUGUGCCCCAUCAUUAUCCUCACUCUUGUGUGGCUUGUCCAAGGCAAGCUUGGCUCAGAAUUUCAUAUAACAGUAGCUCUCGAUGGGUCUGGAGACUUCAACACAAUCUCUCAUGCUGUCAACGCUGCACCUAAUUAUAGCAAAGAAAGAUAUUACAUAAGAAUUAAAGCAGGCACUUAUGUUGAGAAUGUCGUUGUUGGAAAGAAAAAAACAAAUAUUUCUUUCAUUGGAGAUGGAAUGGGCAUGACCAUAAUCACUGGUAAUAAAAGCGUGGGUAAAGAUUUGGUUACCUUUGAAACAGCCACAUUAGACAUAAAUGGAGAUGGCUUUAUGGCAAAGCAUAUAACCUUCAGAAAUGAUGCUGGACCAACAAAUGGACAAGCUGUAGCAAUGAAGUGCAGUGCUACAUUUUCUUCCUUCUUCCAAUGUAGAUUCGAAGGCUAUCAAGAUACCCUUUACGUCCAUAGAGGUAUCCAGUUUUACAAGGAAUGUGAAAUAUUAGGGACCACAGAUAUCAUUUUUGUGGAUGCCAAGGUGGUUUUUCAAAAUUGUGGCAUUUAUGUUCGUAAUCCAGAAGAAGGGCAUUUAAAUGUCAUAACUGCACAAGGACGGGAAAGGCCUGAAGAUGAUGGUGGGAUAUCAAUCCAUCCACGCACAAUUGCGGCUGCGAAAGGCUUCAACCCGAAUCCAGGAACCAAAACCUACCUUGGCCGACCAUGGAGGCCAUUUUCAACUGUGGUUAUAAUGCAGUCCUUCUUGGAUUAUAUUAUAGAUCCGGAGGGAUGGCUCAAAUGGGAUAAUAAUACUUCUACACUCUCUUCACUAUAUUAUGGGGAGUAUCAAAAUUAUGGUCCUGGAGCUAACACUGCCAAUAGAAUAACUUGGAAAGGAUAUCAUAAAGCCAUGAGCCUAGCUGAAGCUGAAAAUUUUGCCGUGAGAAAUUUUAUUAAAGACCAGGCAUGGCUAGGUCCAACGAGCAUCCCAUAUGCCAUAGAUCUGGCAUGGCUACCUCCAACGAACAUCCCAUAUACCCCAAAUCGAUCUAAUGUACACAAAACAAUGUCACCCAACAUUCCCAUUUGGUAUAGUUUCAUUGUGAUCUACAUUUUCAAUAUUCAUAUGUAA